AUGGCCAAAGCCUCUUCCACUCAACCCAAAUGCGCUGGCCGCGUCGCCAGCAGCUCCAAACGCGCGCGGUCGUCGAAGACCGCUGAAGAACGCGUCGCCGAGAUGCGCAGGAAACACGAGAUUGCUGCUGAUAACGCUAAAAAGCGCCAGCUGUGGAAAGAGAUGAAGGAACUGGGUCUAGGGAGCUAUAUCAAGAUGGGAACCCGUAGACGAGGCAGGAAGUGA